GUGUCCGGCAUGCGACGCAUUACCAGUUUCUUUAAUCGUCCGGCUUUUGCAGCAGUGAACCCAGGCGCUCAGACCAGUGACCGCGGCAAUGAUCUCGAUCAGCCAUCGCACUCGUCCCCGCAAUCUCGCCAUUCAAAUGGCCCCUCUUCUUCAUCAGCGGAGCCAGAAGCCCAGCUGGAACUGUCUUUGUCCCAAUCCAUAAAGGAUGGCGAGAAUGAAGCUCUGCCUCACCACAGCUUCCUCAGCACAGAAUCUGCAGCUAAGGAUCCAUCCCCAGGAACAAGUUUCAAUUCAUCGCAACGUGUUAUGAAGAACGGAAAAGAGGUUGUUAUCAGCUCCGAUGGCGAGGAUACAGAUUCAUUAAGCUCGUUCGAGUCUCCGGACGAUCUUCUUGCGAGAUUUGUUAAGCCUCCUGGUUUUGUAAGCAAGGAUGAUAGAGAGUAUAAUACGUCUAAAUCAGGAAUGACCUUGCGGAACGGCGGCGUGAACAGCGCAAAGUCAGACAAUCGGUCUCGCUUUCCAGUUAAGGUCCCAAAGUACAGCAAUACGCUAGACUCGCUUGUUGUUCAAGCAGUUGAUGAUAAUGAAACUGAGGCCGGUAUUGCAAAGUUGAAAGCUGCUCUUGAGAAGGAAGAUUUGCGAAAGAACGGAAAGCAGGAUGAUGAGAAACACAAUUCACUCGUACCGACCACACAGCUAAAUGAGGAUACCCUCGCAUCGGCUCUGGGUGACCAAGACGAUGAAAUGGGGCUACGACGUCUUCUAGAUGCUGUUCGAAGGACAGAGGCUCUUGAUCUAGACAAAUCAUGGCACUUUUUUGACUAUAAAAGCGAAUUACCCCCAGCGGUUGACUUUCCCAAAGACUGCAUAGAUAAAGACGGUUAUAUGUUCCGACUACGAGAGAGGCUUUCAAGGGAGCGGGCACUCCAUUCAGGCAUUAUCGAUUUUGCUCUAUCGCGGUCAUAUUUGCCGGACGAGGUUAUCUCGUGGAUUUUCAAAGCUGUACCUUCAGAGACGCAAGACAGCAUCAGGCAAGCGCUUUGUAGAGCUUUCAAAAAUGCGAACCCUGAGCGGGUCAAGUCUCUCAUAAGACCGGCCGACAUCGAUCAAGUUUUUCAACAGUUGGGAGCAACCUCCCAAGCAUUGGCGACUUCUGAAACGAUUGUUCCAGACGCGCACAUCAACAAACAUAAUGUGAAGAACAACUCCCUACGUGAGGGAAUGCUGGUCUCUGUCCUUGAGUUGCUCAGUGGGGCUGCAGACCUGCUUGCAGAGGAUGCUCGAGAGCGCGCACUGAAUCUAUUAUUUCGUCUCACUCUCGAUGUCUCAUUGACCAGCAAUUUCCUGGUCUGUUCUGAACUAGAGAGGACCAUCGUCACCAUGCUAGAGAGUGCCCCUGACGAUACAGCCGAUGACAUGGUGCAUCGUGUUUGCACUACUGUUUUCGACACUGUCAAAGAUGCGAUGUCACAGAGUCGCCUGGUUAGGCAUAUACUUCCAACCUCAGACUGGCUCGCACUCAUCCGGUGCCGCCUCGCGGUGUCCUUCUUGUUGAAUGAUGCUUCACCACUGGGUGAGCCGCCAGAAAAGCUCAUCAAUAUGAAGCGUAUAACCAGCAUCCUCAAUCAACAGCGGUUCGAUGUGAAGUGGUACAAAGGGAAGGGGCAGCAUGAAUACGAUUACGGAGAACUUGGAGCUGUCGCCAUUCUUUUUAACAUUGCCAUCGAUUCUGGACGGUAUGAAGUGGAAUUUUCGGAUAAAGAAGCGGAGAGGACGUUCAACGCUGACGUUGAUGCUCUUUCUGAUCGGCUCAAAAUCAUUUUCACUUCCAUUGAGGACUCGGGUGCCUCCCACUUGAAACGAACGUUGGCUAAGGAAGCCAUCGAGGCUCUACAUUAUCGAGUCGUAUAUUCCGUCAGGUCAAAGCCACGUCCCAAAAAGUCAAUCCUCGGGGUUCCUGAGGAGCGAAGAGAGAACAAAGGCGUGUUCAAAUCAUUCUUCAAGCCUCCGAAAGGCAGCGAUGAGCUGCCAUUGCGGCCACAUGAUACAGCAUCCUAA